GGCGGGGUUUGUGGCGGUGCCUUCAGUGGUGAGAAUUCGCCCCGCGCGCGCGCGCGCCUUGCGGGGAAGGAGCUUUUUUUUAAAUUUUUCUGUUAUUAUAUUUUAAUUUAGCCUUUUUUUAAAAAAAAACCCACCACAACACAGCACAACGCAAUUUUCCGGGGUUUUUAGAUUACCAAGAGAAGAGAGAAAAAAAAAGAAGCAAAUCUUGGUAACGAUGAGCUUCUCGGGUUGCCCGCACGUGAGCAGCUUCAAGCAGGAGCCGUGGCGGCAGAGUGUGCGCAUGCUGUACCAGUGGUUCGUCUGGUGCGGGCCCGUGGACGCGAGGCGGCGGAAGGCCCGUUCGUGCGUGUGCCACUUGUGCGGCGCCCACUUUGGCCGCCUGCACGCCUGCCUGCACUGCAUCUACUUCGGCUGCUUCGCCCGUCGUCACAUCCACGAGCACGCGAAGGCCAAGCGUCACCCUCUGUCGAUGGAUCUGUACCACGGCACGGUGUUCUGCCUGCUGUGCCAGGACUACGUUUACGACCGAGACUUAGAGCUCGUGUCUCGGGAGGAACAACGGCGAGCGUGGAGGCUGCAAGGCUUCGGAGAUCGCUACAUUGGCUGGGAACCCUCACGCCGAGAGCUCGAACUCCUCAAGCAGAACCCCAAGCGGCGGAAAAUAUCAGCAAACUGCACCGUCGGUUUGCGUGGGCUGGUGAACCUGGGAAACACGUGCUUCAUGAACUGCAUCGUGCAGGCGCUCACGCACACGCCUCUGCUGCGAGACUUUUUCCUGUCGGAUCGCCACCGCUGCGGCAUGCCCAGCCCCGAGGCCUGCCUCGUGUGCGAGAUGUGUCGCCUGUUCCAAGAGUUCUACUCGGGGUUCCGAUCGCCACACAUUCCGUACCGGCUGCUGCACCUCGUGUGGACGCACGCACGCCACCUCGCCGGGUACGAGCAGCAGGACGCGCACGAGUUCCUCAUCGCCGCGCUCGACGUGCUGCAUCGACACUGCAAGGGUGAUGCCAAUGGGAAGAGGUCAAACAACCCCAACCACUGCAACUGCAUCAUUGACCAAAUCUUCACUGGUGGCCUGCAGUCUGACGUCACCUGUCAAGUGUGCCAGGGCGUGUCCACCACCAUAGACCCCUUCUGGGACAUCUCCCUUGACCUCCCGGGCUCCUCUUCACCUUUCUGGCCGCUCAGCCCCACAGCUGAGAGCGGAAUACCCAACGGAGGGGGCCCCCUCAUCCCUGCGGGGCCGACCACCCUCAACGACUGCUUGCGCAGGUUCACCCGGCCGGAGCAUCUUGGCAGCAGUGCCAAGAUAAAAUGCAACGGCUGCCAUAGUUACCAGGAGUCCACCAAGCAGCUCACCAUGCGGAAGCUGCCUAUUGUCGCCUGCUUUCACCUCAAGAGGUUCGAGCACUCUGCCCGGCUGCGGAGGAAAAUCUCCACCUACGUGUCCUUCCCGCUGGAGCUCGACAUGACGCCCUUCAUGGCUUCCAGCAAGGACAGCAGAGUGAACGGCCAGUACCAAACGGGAGAGAGCACCAAUGAAAACAAGUACUCUCUGUUUGCGGUGGUAAACCACCAGGGCACGUUGGAGAGCGGCCACUACACCAGCUUCAUCCGUCUGCACCGCGACCAGUGGUUCAAAUGCGACGACGCAGUCAUAACGCGCGCCAGCGUCACCGAUGUGCUCGACAGUGAGGGCUACCUGCUGUUUUACCACAAGCAGAUCCUGGAGUACGAGUGACGCUUCUGCGGCACACGUGGGUGGGGGGUGAAGUGUUGCCCCCCACUCCCCGCACUGAUUGACAAGGCUCCUGGCCCACGCGCCUCCCCUUGCCAGUGCUCGCGAGCUGCAUGUCCAACGGAGACCUCUUGCACCGCCACCACGUCAUUUCAAUGUGGACCCCUGCAGCUGCUGCUGCUGCUGCUGCCUACCCCCUGAGCAGUCGCAUGCAUAGCGGAGGAAAAUACGAGCUAAGCACGCUGCUGCUGCUGUUGCACCACCAUCAGCUCCUUAUGUCUGCAAAGUCUGUCAUUUUUUUAGCAUAUUUUUUUUUUUAAAGUAAAUUAUCUGUGAGACACGGUUGUACCGUACUAGUCCCGAUCGCAAACAUCCGGCGCUCUUUGAAUUCGCAUCAUGGAUUACACCAAGGAGGCACGCCCCUGAAUUGGUCAUGCGUGGAGCUUGCGAUUCAAUUCAUUGUUGUGGCAGCUCCUGCAUACCUUGCGGGACAACCCCAGUCGCCAACCCAUGCCCUGGGAACACCACCCAUUGCUCUUGAACGUGACGCGAUACGCCUCACCGCAUUGGCAGCGACAGUUUGUACAUAUUUUUUUUCUCAACUAAAGCAUACUUUGAAGAUACUUGUGUUGAUGCCUUGUUUUGUAGUUUUUUUUUCCCCAUUUCGGGGAUUUAAAUGUAUAAGGAAGAGGGGUCAUUUUUCGUGCUCGUGGUGCGCACGCGCGUAGAUGGAAUGCACUUUCCCCCCCAGGUGAUAUAAUGAAGUCCGUGAACGCAAGUGUAAACUUGGCUUUUGAAUGGACAACCUGCAUGUCACGAUUUUUAAAGGCAGAUAUGAUGCUGCGUUCCUCUGGGCUGUGAAUUAUUAACAAGGACACUUCGUUGGAAAAAAAAAACACAAACGUUUAAGUUUGUAGAAGGAAGCUUUUUGUUCUUAAAAAUCGUAAAAUCUGCUCUACCCUACAGUACUGCGAUUGACUGAAGUUUUAACUUCAGCAUUAAGUGUUGAAUAAUUGUCGUAUUAAAGCUGCUUGUAACCUGCAGUUGCUCAACAGGAUCACUAAUCGUACGAGCAUGGAGUGAUGCCAGGUGUACGCUUGCACGUCCCCGUCAAAUCCGACACGAUGCCUUCGCGUUUGACUCGACUGCGCCUCUGGGAAGUUCCCUACACCCCCUCCACCAAAAGGGAAAAAAUUACAUUCGAGCCAGCAACACACCCUACUCAAAUCUUGUGGAGGUUAUUCAAUGUCCCCCAGGUUAACUUGUUUCGAAACCCAUAAAAAGCAUACGUGUGUGUGGCUUACAAUACCUGGGGUGUGUCAUGUUGGGUUUGUAAACAGGCGGGUUAAGCGGCUGCUGGACUAUGGUGCCAUUUACAAGUCCAAGUGUCAGGUUUAAAAUUAUACUAUUGUGCAUAUGUAUAUACACACAGUACUGGAUAUAAAUGUGUAAUGUGGAAAAAGUUGUCCUGAGUUGAGAACAGCAUAUUCAAAGUAUGCACUGAGAUUUGUUUUCAAAUAUCGUAACUGCCAAUUAUAUUGCCAUUUCACGGUAAAUUUAUUAUAAAAUAUACGUACUAUUUGGUGCAGCUCCCACUCGUAUGGUUUCCUCCAAUUGUUACGAUUACAACUUCUUUCAAGUGUCAAUUCAUGUGCAGGCUGAUAAAUUGAGGGGAAAAAAAAGUGUAAAAUGAGGUACAGUACUUUCUGCAAAUAUGAUGGUGAAUGUCAUGCCACCUUGCCAGUGGGCGCCCUUGACACUAACGCGUCGCGACUCUUGGCGUUUCACAAGUGUGCUCGACCGCGUGUUGGCAACGUUCAACAAUGGCACGUUAGACCUGGUGGGGGCACUUGUUGGUAUAUGACUCCCUUGGAGAGAAGUGUUCGUCUGAACCCAAUGUCUCUUUCACCCCCUCCCCCCAGCCCAUGCUGUCCCCUGUCCCCCGACUUCCAGUCCCAAGAGUGGGGAAUUAACGGUUUUUCCGAGAAUUGAAACUCGAAUCAGCCAAUCUUCAUCUCGGUGUGAAAGCCAUGGGGGAAAAAAACGCCGCCGCUUUUUGUUAACAUUUAUGUAAACAAAAAUGUAAAAAGGGUGAAUUGCAGCAAUCUGGGCAGCGCACUUAAGUGGACCCCCCCCCCCAUAUUUUACAUUUGACACGUGAUAAGACGCAGAAGUCCUGUUUUAGGUUCUGCUAAUGAACACUUGUUUUGUGCUGGCACGUGCAACAUCAGUCUUUAAAAAAAUGAUAAACGAACCCCUUUAAUUGUGGUGAUGACAGACCACUGAGGGGAGUUCUUGGAGUGUGGUUAUAACUUGUGUUGUGGCUCUCCAAAUGUCCCAAUUACAGGUUGCCUGUCAUGCAACCUCGCCAAUUGAGAUCCCCCCCCCCUCAAAAAGUCAUAUGCUGGACAUCAAGUAGGUUACUAAAAUACAUGCCUUUUGGAAUGAAGUGUUUGACAGAUUUUUAAACACGUAUUAAAAUAAAGUGACGGUCAUAAUUCUG